GACACAAUCAGCUGAUCCACGACUUUACGCAAUCGCCGACAAGGACAGGGAGAACUGUAUAUAACAUUCAGAUUUCGACUUGCUAAAGAUGAGGGCGGUUCAUAGGGCCGCCCUUCGGUACAUGGGCGGCCUCUCUAAAAGAGAUGGAAUAAGACAACAGGAGAUAAACCUGCAGAAAAGAGAGCAACAGCGUCAGUUGAGCUCAUGGCACCCACGGGACACAAGAAUUGAGGAAGGGAGAGUCAAUAACCCAGAGCAGCGGUUGCUCCUCGUUCCACCCCCUGCCUGGCCAUGUCCCUCUCCCAGUCGGUCUCUCAUGGGGGGGGCAUUAGGGAGCAAGAAAAAGGAGUAUUCAGAGAGACGCAUCCUUGGUUAUUCCAUGAAUCAAAUGUAUGAUGUGGUCUCAGAGGUCGAAAACUACUACAAAUUUGUUCCUUACUGUAAGAAAUCUGAUGUGAAGUUGCGCCGGCCUGGAUUUCUAAAGGCAGACCUGACAGUUGGAUUCCCACCUGUUGUGGAAUCAUACACGUCCAGUGUUACAUUAGCACGGCCCCACCUUGUCCGAGCAGUUUGCACAGAGGGAAAACUUUUUAACCAUCUCCUUACUAUCUGGAAAUUUUCUCCUGGUCUUCAGGGACAGCCAAACACCUGCACCCUAGACUUCUCCGUCUCGUUUGAGUUCCGCUCCAUGCUCCACUCCCAACUGGCGCAUGUUUUCUUUAAUGAGGUGGUGAGGAAAAAUGUAAACUCCUUUCUGGCUGAAGCCCAAAAACGUUAUGGGAAGCAGUCCAUCCGAGCCCAGCAGCCACGCAUCACACAAAUGACAUGAGGAUAGUAAUUUUAGGAAACUUAGGGAAAAGAAGAGUAAAGGAGAGUUGUUUAUUAUUAGCUGCUCACCAAUAAGUCAUUAUAAAAAUUUUAUUUUUAUUAUUGUAUAUGUAUAUUUUUUUUCUUUAUAUUCCAGUUAAAUAAUCCAUGUAAUAUCUGAAUGAUGGAAAGAGUAUUAUAUAAGGAACUUGUUAUUUUCUUGAGGAUUUUAAAGAUGCUAUAAUUUUAAUAUUAGAUUUUGUAUGCAAACAUAUUAAUAUGUAUGUAAACUUGAUCUACUCAUAAUUAAAGCAACCAAUAUUCAAA